AUGGAAAUCAUGUUGGAUGAGGGGAACAUGAACGAGUCACAACCGCCUACUACGACAACGGACACACUGGCAGAUGAUCUUCCCGCACUGGUUGCCAUGACGGUAUACAUGUCACUGUUGGCAAUCAUGGGCCUCAUCGGGAACAUCCUUGUCAUCGUGUCCGUGGCUAUUUCGCCCCGCCUCCGGACCACCUCCUACGCGUUCAUCGUCAACCUCAGUGUGACUGACCUCGCGGUAAAUGUCCUGGUCAUUCCAGUCAUGACAGUGUCCUUCUACAACUACGGCUGGCCCCACAUCCCAUUCUGGUGUCGCUUCGUUGCCUACAUCUUCUGCCUAUCCAUUGGCAUCUCCUUCGUGACCCUAACCAUGAUUGCUGCGAAUCGUUACAGUCUAGUCUCCUGCUCCCGGAGAGUCCGCCUCAAGUACUGUGGCUGGAAGGGAACCACCCUCUGUCUUUUCUUUAACUGGUUCUCUGCUUUCUGUUUGGUCCUCUUCCAAGAGUUUUACUACAAGGCUACUGUCCGCUAUGACACAGUUCUCCGCUUCUGCUACCCAGACAGCAGUGAACCCGCCACCUACUGGUACCUAAGCGCCAUCUUAAUCUACGGCACACUAAUCGGAUUCAUCCUCAUUCCGAUACUGUACUGUAAGACGUUCCACUCCUUGCAGGUCAGCCGGAGGCGCACCGAGACAUGGGCCCGGCCAGCUGGGAAGACAAGACCCAGGAAACAGAACAAUCAAUCGCAGCGCAGGGUGCACCCGGCUGAGGUGAAACUCACCAAGCUAAUGGCCGUCAUCUUCACUGUCAUCAUCAUCUGCUGGACCCCUCUCUGGGUGGUGCACUUCUUCAAGUUGACCUAUGACAUCCCAAAAGGGGUGGAACGCUUAUGCAUCCUACUUGUUCUGACAAACUCCUCCAUCAACCCUUACCUGUACGCUUGGCUCAAUAAGAAUUUCCUUCGCGCCUACAAGAAAGUCUUACUCUGUGGCAGAAAUCGUAAGGACCAGUUCUACGAGGAACUCAACACCACCAUCAGAGGUAUCCCUGUCGUAGAACAACUGUACCUCCUUGGCGAAUUCAACGCCCGAGUGGGAUCUGACCACAACUCCUGCCCAGCUGCAUCACUCACGUUGGCGUUGGCAAGCUAA